AUGUCGGUACAACAUCCCCACGCCGUUUAUCCUGCACGCAUGCUUUCCGAUGCCAGACGAGGCGCGCAGGAUCCCGGGUUUGACGUCUGA